AUGCCUCCCAUCCAGAAACUUCCUACAUCCGAUACCCUCAGUUCCUAUUACCUUGCUGCAUAUAUUCAGCAAUGUACUAAGGAUAGAAGAGGCGAUGACUUAUUGCAGGCGCCCGACUCGGUGCCAUAUCGAGAACUGCUUAGCUCAUCACUUGUAUGCAAGGUAACAGAGCCCCCUCAAUUCCAGUUCUUUGAGCACUAUGAUUGCAUGAAGGAUGCGGGUAGCACAUCCCAUGGACUCCCAAGACUUGUGCACUGCAGCCAAACCUGGAAGACCAAGCGCAAAUUCAGGGGAAUCCGUCCCCUCAUCACUCCUUCGAUUACUCUGAUCAAAAUAUCUUGUUUCUGUCCAAGUCUCGCGUGGAAUAUUUCUACUACACCGAUCUUUGAGGCAGGUAACAUGAGCAACAUUACAAUCGUCAACAACACAAAGGAGAAAAUCACUGUUAGCAUCACUAACACCAGUGACAGUGGGCAACCCGGAUUCUAUGAAAUUGCGUCAAAGAACCCCAACACCUGGAAACGGAACAAAUUGCAAGUGUGCUAUGUGUUAAGGGCCGACAAUGGAAAAACUGAGGUUCUUGUUGUGGAGCCCGGAAAAACUUAUCAAAUCGUUGAAAGUCACGGCAACUUGAAUAUGAAUGAAGUCACCAUUGUCAACGACACUGGGGAGAAAAUCGCUGUUAGCAUCACUAACAUCGGCGAGAAUGGGCAGCCUGAGUUCUUUGAAAUCACAUCAAAGAACUUCAACACCUGGAAACGGAGCAAGUUGCAGGUGUGCCAUGUGUUGAGGACCGACAAUGGAGAUACUGAGGUAGAAACAUUUGGCGGUGCCAUGUCUCCAUGA